CUGAAGUAUUUGCGGACCGCCCACCCUGGGUCCCUUGGCGGCCCGGGAGGGCAACCGCUACAGGUCCCGCAGAGGCCGCCGGAAGCGGUCCCUUCCAAUAAAGCGAUCCCCAGCACUACUUCCGGGGGAGAGGUAACCAUGGCGGCGGCUUUAGCUCGGCUGGGACUGCGGCCGGUCAAGCUGGUUCGAGUUCAGUUCUGCCCGUUUGAGAAGAACGUGGAAUCGACAAGGACCUUUCUCCAGGCGGUGAGCAGCGAGAAGGUCCGUGCCACAAACCUCAACUGCUCGGUGAUCGCCGACGUGAGGCACGACGGCUCCGAGCCCUGCGUGGACGUGGUAUUCGGAGACGGGUAUCGGCUGAUUAUGCGCGGCGCCCACCUCACUGCUCAAGAAAUGUUCACUGCCUUCGCCUCCCACAUUCGGGCCAGGAACGCAGCGGCAGCAUCCGCACCCAGCACAGACAAGCCGGGGUCAGUUAAGCCGGGGUCAGUUACUGGUACCCGGCGCUGACAUUGCAGAAGAGGACAACUACCGAAUGUUAACUUGGAACUAGAGACAGUUGUCUAAGAAGAGCUGGCCUUAAUCAUUUUAAAGCCUCCAUGGACGUCACGAAACAGACUGACAGUGUGCAAGGACCCUGACACUUAACAGUGCUUUGGGGGCAAGAUAAGUAAGAUUAGGUGGUGGAGGGUCAGGAAAAAUUUGAAUUUUUCUAUCUCUUUCCACACUGCUUAACCAUAUUUGAACUUGGCAUCAUCUGUCACCCUGUUUAAUUAAAUAUUUAUUGCCGAAUGCAUGUUA